ACCACUCAAACCCUACCGACCCACCAACCCAGGCGGCGGCGGCGCAGCGGCAGCCGAAGAUGGUGAAAUUCCUGAAACCCGGCAAGGCCGUGAUCCUCCUCCAAGGCCGUUUCGCCGGCCGGAAGGCGGUGAUCGUGCGCGUGUUUGAGGAGGGCACCCGCGACCGCCCAUACGGACACUGCCUUGUCGCCGGCCUCGCCAAAUACCCCAAGAAGGUGAUCCGCAAGGAUUCGGCCAAGAAGACGGCCAAGAAGUCACGCGUCAAGUGCUUCAUCAAGCUCGUCAACUUCACUCACCUCAUGCCCACCCGCUACACCCUCGAUGUCGACUUCAAGGAUGUCGCCUCAGGCGGGCCCGACGCGCUAGCCACCCGGGACAAGAAGGUCGCCGCGUGCAAGGCCGCCAAGGCGCGCCUCGAGGAGAGGUUCAAAACCGGCAAGAAUAGGUGGUUCUUUGCCAAGCUCCGCUUCUAGGCGCAGGCCCUCUUAAAUGUCGAUUUAUUGGUAUCAAACACUUUUAUGCAAUCUCUGUUUUGGUUUUAUCCAUGGAGACUUCGUGCUGAGUUUUAUGGAUCUUGGAGAGGGGUUUAAUUAAGUCAUGAUGAUAUUUCGUUUGUAAGUGAUGUUAAGGAGAUAGAUCUGGUUGAAAUUUUGUUCAGAAUCGCUGCUUGAGGUGUGCCUCUGUCUCCUGCGCUGUGCUCAGAUUGUUUAGUUUUGUGGUUGUCAGAUUUGUCUAGGGACAAUGUCGAUUUGCUCCAGGUUAUGGUGCUGGAUAUCUUGUAUACCAGAACUGCAUCUCAUCCUUUUAAGUACUAUUUAGUUGUAUAUUUGUAAUA